AGAAUAUAGUUAUAAGGGUUUUAUUUUAUUUUCUUAUCAUCAGUUAUAACUUAUUAAGGAUUUAUAAAUGUAAUAUGAAAAUUCAUCUUAAGUUUAUAGGAAAACUAAUUUUGAUUUUGUCCAUAGGUAGUACGAAACACAUAUCUGAGGUUGAAUCAAUUAUAACUUUUCACAGAAACUAAUCCAAUCGUUUACCAAAACAUAGAUUAUCAAAUGAUUGAAUAAUAAAAAUUUAGUGAUUUACAUUAGUAAACCUAACAAUGGCGAAAAUCGAAGGUAACUUGACGGAGAAGAAACGGAAAAGGAGAUGCACACAGCUCGGCAACCGCCCACGUUUACAUCUUAACCCCUUCACACAUUUAUCGAUGCAACUCUACUUCCCCACACACACACACACACACAUGCUCUUCUUCACCUCUUCAUACACACACGCCUACUCCUCUUCUUAACUAUUAUAUAUAGUUACCAUAUACCCUAAUCAACACCAAGUGACCACUUGCCAAGACCAAAACAAUGAUGUUGCCGUAUAACGCAUACAACAGCUACCAGCACCAGUUCCCAUCGCCAGAGCUCGAAAUUCCCGAGAAGUGGAAGGUUCCCUACGGACACGACGAGACUGCUCCACCUUGUCCUCGCUGUGCAUCUUCCAACACCAAGUUUUGUUACUACAACAACUACAGCUUGUCUCAGCCUAGAUACUUCUGCAAAGGUUGCCGUCGAUACUGGACCAAAGGCGGCUCUCUCCGCAACAUUCCCGUCGGUGGAGGCUGUCGCAAGAGAAGCAGGAGCAGACAUAACAGUCACAAAAGGUUUGGUCAGAACGAGAAUCUGCAGCGAGAUGGUCUUAUCAACCAAGAUGAUGGGUCCCAGGCAAGCCAUGCUGGUUCUGUUAUUGAUCUGGCUGCGGUUUUCGCACAGUACGUGACUAACGGGAGCCCUUCGAGUACAGAUAACACUACCGGAUCUGAUCAACAUUCACCGGUAACAACAACAACAACCAAUCAUGCUUUAGAUUCCUUGACUUGGGACAUCUGCCAAGAAACUGAUGUGAAUCUUGGAUUCUCUGGGACCGAGAAGAUCCAAGAUGGUUUUGGCCAGUUUCUCCAAGAAGAUGAAGAGGAGAUGUUCGAGUUCCAAGGUUUACUAGAUGACAAAGAGAUUCAAGAGAUCUUAGAUUGCUCAUUCUCGGACGAGCCAGACCAGUUGAUUUCUCAGGGGAGCUUCAUGAUCAAUGGUGAUCACUGGAGUUCAACAGAUCUUGCAACAUUCGGGAUUUGACCAAGAAGAUCAUUCCUUUCUAUUUAAUCAAAUAUACUUCAAUUAAUUACAUACUGAAAACGUACCAGUUACACGAAAAAGUCAUUCUUAUAUUGUUCAUUAAUUUACAUCACACAUGAACGCUCCCACGAGAUGGGAUCCGUGGAGUAGAGUACUGUAUAUUUUUACUGAAUAAUGAAUACAACUUACACUUUCUACAUAAGUAAUUUUACUGGCCAUCCUCUUGAAGUUCUUCUGCCUUGCCUUCUCUCCUUUCAGCUUUUGAUUUUGGAACAAACCUGUAAGUGUUAAAACUAAAUCUUAAUAGUUGUACUUCUGGUCCUG